AUGUCACCUCAAGUGGACUGUAACGACGAUCACAUUUCGGACACAGAAGAACUGUUGGAAAGAACAGCAUCUGAAUUCGAAUUCGGCAAUAGGCUUGAAACUAGCUGUACAACGCCACCUAUUGACGUGUAUCAUACAGAUAACGAAAACGCGCCUUCUCUAGAUAGCAAGCCCGAAACUACACCUCCUGAAACAAGGAGUAGACUCUUAAAUGUGGAGGAAUUUUCGUGUGAUGUUUCCUUGGAGGAGGCUACCGACAAUAAUAAGCCGGAUAGACAAGAAUUUUCGUUUACUUUAUAUGAUUUUGACGGGCGAGGGAAAAUAACAAAAGACGACAUAGCUGGCCUUGUUACCACGAUUUAUGAAGCCUUGGGUUCUUCGAUCGAAAUGCCUCAUUUUGGAAGUAAAACUAUCAAAGUAAAAUUAACUGUUUCUCCAAACAUAAAACGUGAAGAAACUGAAACCAGACUGAAUGAAAAUUUAGAAGAUAUUUUAACGAAAAAGGAUUUCAACGUAACAAUAAGACAUGUUGCUCAGGACAGGAAAAAACAAUGUCGAUAUCACCAAAAACAAAAAGAACUAAAGACUCACUACUGUUGUCGGAAACUUCAAGAAACCAAUGACUUUGUUGAUAGUUCAGACGACUAUUCCGAUGUUUGCAGUAAUAUUUCCAGUGACGAUGAAGAAACCGAAAUAUACUCUAACAUUAGAACUUGUAAAACGAAUGUAACUCAAAAACAGUGUAACAAGCAUUCCACUUCUGACAUUAAGAAUAGUAUUAAUGUUACAACAAAAGACUGUGUUGAUAACAGCCAUUCGAAUAUAUGCUCAAAGACUAAAAAGUUAAAUAAAAGGUCUAUGUCUCUUCAACGUCAAGAACUUUUGGAGAUCCUUCAAGCCAACAUGGAUAAAAAUAAUCUAAGUUUUCAUACAAAACGAAAACCAUGUGUGGAUCAUGUUGUGUUGGAUUCUCAAAAACCUCAAAAUCAGAAUUACAUUAAACAACAUAAACAUAGGCACAAAACUGUUCGAUUUCCAAGUGUACCUUUCCAAUGUCUCGCUAAUGUGAUAAAUCCUACCCAUUUAUAUGUAGAUUUAGCAUCUCUACAAAAUACAACUCAAUUGCCCAACACUACUUGUCAGUAUGGUCAGCUAAUAGACGCGGUUAUGUGCGUUUCUAACAAGCAGAUAACUACAAAAAGGUCACAGGGCUGUCAUAGACACGUGCGGCUUAAAUAUCCAGAAUCAACGAAUAAUAAUGUUAAUCCAUUCCAAUAUCAUUUAGUAGAUUCAUCUUUUAUGAUCCCCGAUGGUAUCCCAAAAAUAACGAAAAAAACUAAAACAAAAUGUGAAUCAGAAGCAACACCAGCAGUUAAAAAGAAUAUUAGAAAGUUUCCUCAAGUUGUUUUGGGUCAUACGUCGUCCCCACAUCAUCUUCGCCAUAGAAAUCGGCAGGAAGACAAAGCCCGAGCAAUGGCUCAAGUAGUUAGGUGGCUUGAACAAGAAUUCUCAUCGAAUUUACAUGCUACUAGCGAUAACGAGGAUAAAACAAAAUCUACUGAAUCUCGUAAAAGUCCUCAAGAUGAUAAAGGUGAAAAUUCGCCUACUGAUACUAAGCCAAACGUUGAAAGGCAUGAGCAUCAUCACGUGCAUGAACACAUUCAUCAUCAUUAUCAUCACUAUCAAGAAACACCAGUGGUUGUUUGAAUUCCCAAGCGUUUUAUUUAUAGAAUAAAUAGGUAAUUCGUGUAUACAUUUUCUUUUGUUUUUUCAAAAUUUUGUUGAAGAAAUGAACAUCUAGCCAUUUAAAAAUUUUAAAAUAAAGUUUCUCUAUCUAAUAUGUAUAGUAAUUACAAAAAAAAUAUUGCAAAAUAAUGGGCAGCAGCAGUUCGCAUCUUCUUUUUGUUUCAAUUGUAGAUUAUCUUAAUGUAUCUUGUUCGAAUUAAAAGUUCCUAAUAACUGUAAUAUGAUUAUAAAUUUUCUUAGUACAAAUAUCUCUCAAUUAAAUUUGAUACUACAUCAUGUAAACUAUGUCAAGUGAUGUAUUUAAAUUUUAAACAAAUGGAAAAAUGAAAAUAAGUAAAAGUAAUUCUCUGUAAUAAUAACAUCACUCCUUUAUUAGAUAUCAUUAAUGGUUCCUAAUAAUAUUAGCUCUUUUUUCUGUGAUACUAAAUAAAACGUGCAUUAAUGUCUUCAUAAUUAUAGACUAACAAUUCCUACUCAAAUAUUUGCACCAUAUUCGAAUCAUAAUCUGUUGUAAAUAGUGCUUUGAAAAUAAAUUCAAACAUUUCUAAUUUCAAUUAUUUCAAAUUUAAAUUGUUUGUAUUAAAAUAAAAAUUUUAUAGGAUCUGUUGAAAGAUAUGAAAUGUUAAUAAAAGGUUUUAUAUAACAAUAACAAGACUGACUAAUUAUAAAUACAUUACAAUCUUUUCUUCACAAAAACGUAAAUGCCGUAUUGUGUAUUAUUUGGCUAAAUGUUUAAUUUCUUUAAAUGUGACAGUACUAGAAAGUUCUUCUGGUUGUAUUUGAUUUUAAAAUUCACUUGAAAUGUACAAUUAAUUAAUUUAACUUAUGUAAUUUUACAAAAACUAAAAUAUCUACAAAAGCGUGCUACAACAGCGUCGAAUGUUUUCUAUAAUCAAUUGACAAAUAUUAAUUUUUAAAAUCACGAAAUGUUUUAAAUCGAUACAAGAUUAUAUUAUAAGUCAUCAUCCCCAAAUCUACCUUUUUGUUUUCUAGUUUUAAGUAAGAACUUCUACAGAAAUUUAUAAGGAAGAGUAUAUUAUAUUUAAAAAAAAAAAGUUAACACCACCGUAAAAAUUUGUUCCUCUAAAUUUUUAUUGUCAUAACAUUAAGUACAAGUGAUAAAAAAUGGGCAAAAUUACAUAAAUGGUCUUUUUAUUAAAAAUGAGAGAAACAGACUGCAAAUAAUUGUAGAAAUAAUAUUGUCGACAUUCAUUCUGUGUAAUUUAUGAUUAAUUAAAAAAGCCCAUAUUUUUAACUUUCUGAGGCAAAAAUGUCGUUUAUAAAGUAUAAAAUACUUUUAUAUUAGAUAAUACCUAAUAUAUUUAUGUGUACACAUAUUUUACGAUAUAGGUACCUUUGUAGUAAGUUAAUAAUAUAAUUAUUUAAAACUGUAAACUUAGAUGGGACCAUGCUGUUGCCUUUCAGCAUUUUAUUUAUUAUGUAUUUCGUGAUUUGUGUUUGUUUUAUUUAAAACAAAUAUAAUUAAUUUCUCAAUAUUGUAUAACAAAAACUGAUGAUAUAUAGAAUUAAUAUCUGCCUUAUUUAUUUUUGUCACUUUGUAAAUAUAAUUAAAACUAGUCUUUUAAUUAAUAAUAUAGUUUACAAAAUUAAUUAAGUAUUUAUUUAAUGUUUUGUUAACCUAAGCAUCACUUAGGUAUAGUAAUUUAUAUUAUAAAAUGUAAUGUAUGGAAACUGACGUAACUUUCGCGACAGCUAAAAGAAGUUUUAAAUUGUAAUAAGAAUUGUGAGAGAAAUAAUUGAAUAACUUGCUACCUCUUAAUUAAAAAAAAACUUUUGUAUAUAAAUAAGUCUUAAGUUUUGUUUCGCAGUAUUUAACCUGCACGUAACAAAAAAAGUUAUAUUAAUAUGAUCGAUGAUGUGUAUGGUACAAGAAAAAUAUAGAAUUGUAAGAUUUUACCCCUCUUUUUUUACACAAGCAGUAACUUUUAUCGUCAUACUUUGU